UUAACUUUCACUUUUGACAGCUUUGAAGGGGGAAGGGAUGAAAGGGUUGUAUAAGCUUGUUUGUUUAUUUUUAUCAUAUCGUUCAUAGAUGCUCGAUAUUUACGUUAUUACGUUGUAUAGGCUAUCGCUAUAAUUGAUCUUAAACAUGUUUAUAAAAUAAAAUUUACGCAAUCUUCUAUAUAUAUUAUAAUACUUAUAAUAUGAAAUGAUGAAUUUUUCACGCCGCUCUAAAAAACUACGUUCAUCAAAUACUAUUGUAAAUACUCUGUGCAAUAAUGCUCUUUAUGGUGAAUUGUCCAGAUCUUUAUAUCAGGUUUCUCAACUUUGCCUCAAAAAUUAUGAAAACUAUAAUAAUUGCAACUUAAGUGAAUUGUGUUGUAUUGUUAAAAAGCUUGAUGAUACAUUAGUGUGUUGGAGUUCUACAAAAGCUGAUGUAUUGCAAGUAUUUUGGGAUUUAAAUCAAGAGCUUCAGGAACUUGAAAAGAAAGAUGUGGCAGAUAAUGAAGACACAUGUACAAAUAAAGAAGAAAUUCUAUAUUUUAAGCAUUUCAUUCUUGAGCAUGCAGUCAAGAUAUUAUGGAGGUUCAUUUUAGCCUUUUCAUUGUUUCCCAUGAAAACACAAGGCAUUUUUGUAGAAAAGGAAUCUUUGCAGUUGAAGAGUAUUGCUCUAGAAGUUUUACAUAACAUUUUGUCAACGACUGAAGGAUUAGCGGAACAGAGUGCCGAAGAUAAGAAUGUACUAAACUGUAUUUUUUCCUACCUGCAAUUUAAAGAAACUUGUUUUCCGGCUUGUAAAGUUAUUGAGUGCUUAAUUCUUGCAAGAAAAUCUGCUCUUGAUUUAUCUUCAAUCAAAAAUCUGAAGGAAAUCGUUCUGGGUUUUGAAGAUGUGCAGCUUGGAAAUUUCUGCAAAAUUCUAGCCAUCACUUUGUCUGAAUUAGAUAUGUAUGAAAAUAAAACUUCAUUACAUGCCCAAACCAAAGAAAAAAAGAAUCAAAACUUUUUUGUAAGAGACGUGAAUCAAGAUGUUGUACUGAAAAUCCCAAACAUACUAUCGAGACUUGUGAAUAUAGCUUGUGCUAAACCUUGUGUCCCUUGGUUCUCUGGUGCUCUUCCAUUAGAAAGUGAUCAGUGGCUGCAUUGGAUUGAUGAGCAGUUGUCUAAUGAUAGGCAAAUUGAUAAAGAUGAUUACACUAAUUCUUGGAUUGGAGGAAUUUCUCAAUGGUCUGAAUAUUCUUGCAGUGGACCUUUAAAGACAUCCAUAAGAAUAAGUCUUGAGUUAACUUUUAGAGCAGAUGCAGUCUGUGUUCUUGGGCUUCUGUUAGUUGGUAGACAUCGAAAAGACGUUCAAAAGGAACUAGCUGAUCUAAAACUUGUUCCUCAACUUUCCAAUUUGUUUGAUCAUUUUAUUUGGAAAAUCAAUCAGCGAGAUUAUACCAGGCUUCCAGGUCACAAUAAUGCUUGUGAAUGUAGCCCAGAGGUUGCUUUAAAAAUCCAAGUACUCCGGCUCAUUCAUAGCUUUUGUGAUCAUUCAGACUACAAACAUGUGAUGCUAUCUUGGAAUGAAUACAGCGAGUUGCAGUCCUUGCGAGAUGCCUUAGAUAUUUCAAAUAAUUCACCUUGGCUUAAGAGAGAUGUUAUGUGUGUUGGAACGAAAGGCUUACUGAGUAAGAUUGUCGAAGUUAUCAAAAAAGAAACUGGUGCUUCCACUUUUAGAUUUUGGCUUUCUAGAGCUAUUGAAAGUUUUUUGCGUGGAAGUUUUUGUAAUGCUGAUCAAGAUUUUCUUCUGCGUAGGAAUUUGCUAGAGGAUGUUGUCCAAAAUCUUCUUCUUAAUACUACUGUGAGGCAUAAAGAAGUUUUACAGAGUAGCUUUGAUCUUUUAGGAGAACUCGUGAAGUUCAAUUUUUCUGCAUUUCAUGUGCUGCAUACUCAGAUUAUAAAUACUCCCAGGAUCCAGAAAAAAUUAAUGAAUCUCAUGAAUGGUCAUCUGGUUGAUUCAAAUAUGUUUAUACGAAGUCUUAUACUUUCAUAUGAAAUAUUCAUCUCUUCAGAUGAUGAGGAUUUGAAAGCUUAUGCAGAGAAAUUUAAUCCUCUGUUGUCUCAUGUGGGUCUCCAAAGGUCACGAAUACAAUAUUUGCAGCGAUUAUUGUCUUUAAUCAACAUACAUAACUUGACUCAGGAAAAUGUAAGCUGUCUAAAUACUGUGUUAGUUAUUCUAAUGUUUGGACUUAAAAAAGGAGAAAUUCCCCAAUAUCUACAAUGCCUGGCAUCAAAUCAAGAAGAUUGUUCUGUAGCAACAAAUCUUGCUGGACUCUUAGAUAACUUGAAAAAUUUAUUGUUGUUUUGGCAAGAUCACUACUUACAAAAAGAUAAAGACUGCACAAUACUUGAGAAAAGCUCAAGAAUUUGUUUUCAAGAAUGGAAAGCUGCUGUUUCAUUGUUGACUAGUGAUGACUUAAAAAAUCCUUACACCAUAGCAUUUUAUACUGUUCCUGCUGUUUCCUCAAGAGCCUUAUGAUUUUCUUUUUUGUUGCAAUACAUGCACUGUAUAUAAUAUGUAUAUUGGCUUAUGUACAUUUGUAAUGAGUUUUAAUGGUGUUAAGUAUUUAUCUAACUGUCAUAUGUUUAUUUCCACUAUUGCACAUAAUGUACAAAAAUCAUUUUUUUUUUAAAGAUCAACAUCAAAUUUAUUCAUUCAAUUCUGUUUGACGAUUGGCAAUUAUUUUUGUUGUGAUGAUUUAAAUAAAAAUUGGGUAAACUUUGGUUCAAUGAAUCAAUUAAAUGAAUUUUUUUAGUGUCAGUAUAUUUCAUAAGGAUUAAAAAGAUUUGAAUUUUUUUUUUCUUUUUAAAUUUGUUGCAAUGACUUAGUGCUGACAAUUGUGUUAAAGGAAUUCAAUUGAAUAAAUUAUUUUAUAUAUCAAAUAGUAUUACGAUAAAAAUAUUUGAGUGCUGUGUCAAUAAUUUAUUUUUAUCGUUUCAAAGAAAAUUUAUCACAUUUUUAGUUAUCUGUUUAUAUUGGGGUUGGCUUGCCAAGACCUCUGCUAAUAUUAGUCAUAUUAGUUUGAUUUCCAUAUUGAAGCUUUUUUUUUAAAAUGCUGUUCAAAUCCUCUGUGAUAAAUGUUUUUUUAUUGAAAUUUGGUAGCAAAACAUAUUAAAGGUUUGACUGAAGAAAUUUAAAGCAACCUUGAUUUCAUUACAAAAAAAUUGCUGCAGAAACCAAGCCAAAAUGAAGUAAACUUACAAAGAUGGUGCCCAAAGUGUCGCUUGCAAAUCAGGCUGAUAUUUUUUUUUCUUGCUAGGAAUAAAUUAUUGAAAAUUAAGUUAGCAAAUAUUUUAGAUUUAUUACGUCCUAAGUAAGUGAUUAAAGAAUACUUCCUUACUCCUCGGCUCUACAGUCCAUGAAAGACCUUGGCCUCCUUUUACCACACACCUCCACUUUUUCCGGUCCUUGGCCCUUAUCCUCCAAUUUUUGAUUCUCAUUUUUUUCUUCAGAUCUCAUCAAGCCAUCUUUUUCUAGAGCGUCCAACCUAUCUCUUUCCCUCUAGCUUUCCUUUAUAGAUUUUCUAUGUUGCUCUUUCCUCACUCAUUCCAUUCGCUCCAGGUUUCCAAGCCAUUGUAUUCUUUUUUUUUUUUAAAUUUACUAUAUCUUAUUCUUUAUAUAGUUUACUUAAUUCUAAAUUACUCCUAAUUCUCCAUCUUUGAUUGGCCCAUAUAUUUUCCUGAGAAUCUUUCUCUUAAAAGUAUUUUUUCUUCAUUCUGAGUGGUAGUCUAAGUUUCUGCUGCAUGUGUGACAAUGGAUCUUAUUGUUUUAUAUAAUUGUAGUUUCAAUUUUUUUAAAAGUAGAAAAAAUAACAAAAUUUUAAAUUCAAAUGAACUGUUAUUUUGAAAUUUAACUUCAUACUUGCUUCAAAAUAAAUUUUAUUUCUUGUUUUCUAACCAGAAAAAAAUUUAUCAGUAAAUAAAAAUUCAACCCGAUUAGUGUGACACUUUGGAUAACAUUCAGUUUAUUCUUAUUUAUUUUAUGAUCAAUUUAUUCUUAAAUUGAUCACAAGACAUGUAGUAUAAUAAAAAUAUUUUUUUCAACACUAUAUGCAGAUCACAUAAAUAUUAUUGGCCUUAAAUUCUCUUUAUUUGAAUAACUGAAUGGAGCUUGAAACUAUAAUAUUUCUAUUCAGGAAUGUCAAAUUUCUUCACAGUGGAAAAAAUUGCCCUGACAGAAAUAGGUUUCUUUCAACUGAAGUGGGAGAAACUCUUUUUUUUUUAAAUAAAAAUGUAGAAAGUAUUAAAUUUAAAUUUUAAACAGUUUCUAAUUUAAAAAAUAGUAUUUCCAAGUCAUUUAAUAAAUUACUUUUAAUAUGUGAAAAUUAGAAAGAAAAUGAAUGUAUGAAGUUUUUAAGAAAUGAAAACAAUGGUUGUUUCUUAGAAUGUUUUACAUAAAAGAGUAUUAUAGUAGAACUUUAAAAUACCAUGAUCAAAUUAUAUAUCAUUGUAUUAUACUACAAAUCACA